GAAAUGUUCAAGGGAAUUCAGCUGAUCCAGAGUAGUCAUAAGUAACACUGGUCCUAUGGCUGGUGCCACUGGAAUGGAAACAGUAGUGGCUGUGGCACUUUGUGCACUUGCUGCAGUUUUCCUUGGUGCACUACUAGUGUUGCUUGUCAUUUGCAAAAGACAACGGUGUUACUAUAAUCAAAAAGAUUCUCCAGAUUUGAGUUCUGAUUUAUUAGAGGGGGAGAACUUUUCUGGCUUAAGCUUAGAUGCCUGGGAGAGUGAAGAGUGGUUAGCUGGCGCAGAGAGAUGGGUUGAUGAUGCUACUGGUUUAGCUCCAUUGUGCAUUGCUGUGUUGAGAUCUUGCCAUGCUUUGGCUUCAAGUCUCACUGCUAUUGCAGGCACAGUGAACAGUAACACUGUUCCAUUAGAAAUAGUGGAUGUUGCUAGACGUAUUCCACCUCGUGUUGAUGAUGUGGUCAGAAGCUUGUAUCCACCAUUAGAUGCAAGGCUGUUGGAAGCCAGAGUAGCAGCACUGGUAUUAGCUGUUACACAUUUGGCAUUGGUAACCAAACACGGAAUAUCGAAAAGUCACGUUAGGAAGUUAGCAUUCAUUGACCAAGCUUUAAGUGAUAUGGAUUCUCAUUUGUCAAUUUUGAGAAACGCCGCGCUGGCACAGGAGAUGGCUUGUUCUGUUCCAGCCUCCACAUCAGUAUGA